GAUAUACACCGCUGUGUAAAAUGGCGGCGUGAGAGAGGCUUGUUCAAAACACAGAGACGUUUACCUGAGGGGCAGCUUUUCUAACGUCCGAGGUUCCGUCUGCGUCACGCGGCGCCGUCUCCGAGUCACCCAGAGCCAGAGGUCGGAAUCCACAUCGCGGAUUAAGAGUAUAAACACAUAUCUCUGGACGCUGUGUUCAGAGCCGGAGGGAUGGCGAAGAGGAUCGCUGACAAAGAGCUAACGGACAGGAACUGGGAUCAGGAGGAGGAAGGAGAGGAGGCCGGGACGUUUCUGGUCGCGAGUGAAGAUGUGUUGAAGAGCCGGCCGAUCAAGAAGGCCAAACGCAGGAACAUCGGAGAGGUCGAGGGCAGCGGAUCCUUCAAGGGGUUUAAAGGCUUUUCUCUGGCGGCGGCGGCGCCAAGCGGCGGCGCCAUCGCCUCCGCUCCGACGGCGUUCUCCGGUUUUGGGAACGGCGGAGGCUUCACUGGCCUCGGAGGCCUCGCCAACGGAAAAGGCAUCGCCCCGGCGUUCGGAGGGUUCUCCUCCCCCUCUGCGACGGCCCCCCCUGCACCAGGUCUGACGUUCACUGGCCCCGCCUCCUCUGACAUCACAGCCCAGCAGACCAAUGGCUCGCCUCAGGGCUCCAGCAGCAACAAGGAGUACAGCCGGCAGCUGACGGCCCUGAACUGCUCGGUGAGGGACUGGAUCACAAAGCACGUCAACGGGAACCCGCUCUGCGACCUCAACCCCAUCUUCAGGGACUACGAGCGCCACCUGGCCAGCAUCGAGCGCCAGUACGGAGCCGGCUCCUCCUCCGACGAGGACAAGAAGAAGACCGCCACGACGCCCCCGGCCGCCCCUCCUGCUGCUGCUCCUUCCUCCUCCUCCUCCUCCUCCUCGGCGGCUCCUUUCUCCUUCGGCAAAGCUCCGACAGACGACCCGUCCAAAGGCCCCGGUGUCACGUUUAACUUCGGCCAGAAGGUGGACGGCUCCGUCCUGGGCUCUCUGGGGUCCAAAGCGACCCCCCCGAGCUUCUCCUUCUCGACCGGCCAGACCUCCGUGUUCGGAUCGUCCUUCAGCGGGUCCAAGGCGGAGGAGGCGCGGCGCCCCGACGAGAACGGAGAAGAAGAGUCGGAGGAGCCGCCGAAGGCCGAGAUCAAGGAGGUGAAAGAAGACGACGCCUUUUACUCCAAGAAGUGCAAACUGUUCUACAAAAAGGACUCUGAGUUCAAAGAGAAAGGAGUCGGAACGAUUCACCUCAAACACACAGAGGACUCUAAAGUUCAGAUGAUCAUCCGCGCCGACACCAACCUGGGGAACAUCCUGCUGAACAUCCUGCUGCAGGCCUCCAUGCCGUUCUCGCGGGUCGGUAAGAACAACGUGAUGGUCGUGUGCGUCCCCAACCCGGCGCUGGACGACAAGAACCCCGGCGCUCCGGUGCCGCUGCUCAUCAGGGUGAAGACGGCCGAGGACGCCGACGAGCUGCACAGGACGCUGGAGGAGAAGAAGGGCUGAAGGCCCCCCCCCCACCCCACUGUGAAGUAUUUAACUCGACAGAAGCUCCGCCCACAUUCCUCCGGCCCGCCGGCCAUCUUUAAAGUAACGAUUCCGUGUUGGUUUAGUCGUUGGAUAUUUAUUCUGUGGGAGGAGCUUCUUAAAGUCGGCUGGUUUUAUUCUUUUUAAUCUCCGUCAUCACUGUUUUUUUCUUUUGUCCUUCGUGUCUCAACGUUUACUGAGAAAUAAAAAAAAAAACGGAAAACAAAACACUGCGUCUGCUGCUUUUUAAAUAAUAAAUAGAAUUAAAAUAUUUUGAAUAUAUAUAAAAAUUCUAUUAAACUGUUAAUUUAUCGUUUACUGAGACUGUCGGUUCCAAAUGUGAAGCAGAAAAGGGUAAAUUCAAGCUGCUGUUAUUUUUUUAAAAACAAUGUAAUUGAAGCCUUUUAUUUCCAUAUGCAGAAAUGUUAAUUUUCUAUUUUUAA